AUCUUCUUCUCAGAGCAGAGUCCCGCUUGCGAAUCCCUGUGUGUGUGUGUGUGUGGAAGCUGUGGGGAAAAAUUGAGGAGAAGGUGGUAUGGGAAUUUGAAGAAGAUUAAAUUAAAAUGCCUCAAACUUCGACAAUGUUUCUCAAACCCUUCAUUUCUGCUCCAUCCACUGCUCUUUGGAGCAAAUCAUACGGUUGCGAGAAUUCGGCUGAUGCGAAUGUUAGAAUAUGUAAAAGAGCAGAAGUAGUAUGUCUUGGAAUGCUAGCACCUAGAAAGUUCAUGCAAAGAAGGAAAAAAAUCGAGGUUUUUAAGGAUGCAGCCGACGAAGCUGAUCAGAAAAAUUGGAGGAAAUUGAUGCUCGAAAUCGAGGAAUCCGAUUCCGCCACUGAAGUUCUCAAAACCAGGAGGGUCAAAAACCAGCCUCUGCCCAAAGACAUGAUUGUGGGAACUCUAAUUAGAUUUAAGCAGCUCAAAAAAUGGAAUCUCGUUAGUGAGAUCCUCGAAUGGCUAAGGACACAACAUUGGUGGGAUUUUAAGGAAAUGGAUUUGCUGAUGCUUAUUACAGCGUACGGAAAGCAAGGGCAGUUCAACAAAGCAGAAAGGGUUUUAGGUUACAUGCACAGAAAAGGCUAUCCACCACAUGUUGUAUCGUAUACUGGUCUUAUGGAAGCUUAUGGAAGAGGUGGCCAAUUCAAUAAAGCCGAAGCCAUAUUUGGAGACAAAUUUAAAGAAGCUGAAGAAAUAUUCGAUACCUUGCUGGAUAAAGAGAAAUCACCUCUAAAACCGGACCAGAAAAUGUUCCACAUGAUGAUUUAUAUGUACAAGAAGGCAGGUAAUUACGAAAAAGCUCGUAAAAUAUUUUCGAUGAUGCCUGAGAGAGGUGCUCCGCAAACUACAGUUACUUAUAAUAGCUUGAUGUCGUUCGAAACUAGCUAUAAGGAGGUCGCAAAUAUCUACGACCAGAUGCAACGAGCGGAUAUUCGACCUGAUGUUGUGAGCUACGCUCUGCUAAUUAAUGCCUAUGGAAAAGCUAGAAGAGAAGAAGAAGCUUUAGCUGUGUUCGAGGAAAUGCUUGAUGCUGGUGUAAGGCCGACGCAAAAAGCAUAUAAUAUCUUGCUUGACGCAUUUGCAAUUUCUGGAAUGGUGGAGCAAGCACGAGUUGUCUUCAAGAGCAUGAGAAGAGACAGAUGUACCCCCGAUCUUUUCUCGUACACUACUAUGUUAUCAGCCUAUGUUAAUGCAUCUGACAUGGAUGGGGCAGAGAAGUUCUUCAAGAGGAUAAAAACAGAUGGAUUUGAACCAAAUGUUGUUACUCACGGCACUCUUAUCAAAGGCUACGCCAAAGCAAACGAUCUCGAGAAAAUGUUGGAGAAAUACGAGAGCAUGCGUGUGGAUGGUAUCAAACCCAAUCCGACUAUAUUCACUACGAUUAUGGAUGCUUUUGGGAAGAACAAAGAUUUUGGCAGUGCUGUGAUUUGGUUCAACGAGAUGGUAUCUAGUGGGGUAUCUCCCGAUCAGAAAGCCAAGAAUAUUCUCUUGUCUUUGGCAAAAACGGCGGAAGAACAAACGGAAGCCAAACAAAUUGUGGAAAGUCUAUCUUUGGAUCGGAUUUUGAACAAUGUUGAAGAUGAUGACGUCAUUGAUGACGAUGACGAUGAUGAUGAUGUCAGCGGGGUUUCUGCCGAUCAGAAGGCAAAGAAUAUUCCUUCGUCUUUGGCCAAAAAAGUCGUAGAGAGUCAAUAUGUGGAUCGGCUUUUGGAUAACGUUGAAGCUGAUAAUGUUGAUGAUGUCGAUGAUGAUGACGACAAGGAUGAUGACGUGGAUGAUGACGAGGAUGAUGAUGAGGAUGAGAGCAGUGUGUCGGAAGAUACAAACAGUUGGUCGGUAAGUAUUAGCAGCGGCGAUCAUAAUCAGGAACAUUUAGUAGAAGUUUUGUGAUUUUGAAAUUUUAGAAAAUUUUGAAUUUGUAUUGCAACUACUACAUAUACAAGGCAUAUAGUGUGCACUUCAGAGUGGAGCCUCCUAGCUAAAUUUUGUUACUUGAAAUAUUUUUUUGUGUAGUGAAAUAACAAUCUUCUGUUACAAGUU